UGGCAGUCGCGCGAGAGCUGAGGAGGGGUGGGACGGAGCGGAGCGGAGCGGGCCCGGCGGCUGUGUGCUGUGGAGGGGGUGUGACAUGGCUGCGGGCGCCGGACGCCGCGGAGUCAGGUAUUUGUGAGCUGACUUUCUUCCAUGACUACUAAGAUCAAUUAAACCAUGGAUACUUGUACCAGGGCCCGAAGCAGUCAAACAAAGCCUAAAGUGUCAGUGAAAAAGGAUUUCACUGAUGGUGUACUACGCUCUGUGAAAUCAUUGCUACAGAGCAGAAAAGAAUUAUGUAACGUGUCCACUGAAGAAUCUUUAAGACAGGAGGAACAGGACAAUUUUAUUGAGAUCACAUUUCUAAGUUUUGCUGGAGAGACAGAUGCUGCUCAUAUGCAGGAAUUGGCUGCUGUUUCUGUAGAGCUCCCAGAUGUUUUGAAAUCACUCCAUUUCUGCAGUCUAAAUGAAAAUGAAAUUAUUUUUCUGAAGGAUAUAAAUAAACCCCUGGAAACCAGCAAUGUCCCUAAACAUCAGAUUCACCUUUCUGGAGUACUUUGUGUGAUGAGAUUGUCUCCUUCGUUGCCAAGGAUCAAAGCUGAUUCUGUAUUUACCUUACUGAGCAAAUACGCCACUGGUGUAAGAUACACAAUGGAAGUAUACUCAUUACAGAAACAUGAAACAGAGAUGUCCCAUGCAGAGGAUGAUGACACUAAUCAGUCAGUGUCUUCAAUUGAGGAUGAUUUUGUCACUGCUUUUGAGCAUUUAGAUGAAGAUGAGACUUCAAAGAUACAAAAUACCGGCACAACCUAUACUACUCAGAACCACCGGGAUGCUGCUUCACAGACCAUCCCUGCUCAUUGUUUAGAAGAUAUUGACUCAAAGAUCAUUGUUAGCUCUGGGCAUCGAAAAUCAUCUGCCAAAUCUUCUGCUUCUCUGAUAAAUAUCUUGGGACUUAAAGAACUGCCCUCAUCUGUAAAGAAUUCAGUCACAACCUCUAUUUCUGAUCCUUGGAUACAGAGGAGUUUUUACAAGCCAUGUAAUUCUUCUGAUCAACGUGUUAAUGUUUUGCAUAAAACAUUGUUUUCUUCCUCUCCUGCUGAAUCAUCUGAGUCAGAUUGUUCCAGCCCUAGCCCUGUUAUCUUCUUAGAUGAAGAAGGGUAUCAAAAAAGCUUGAAGGCAAAACUUCAGCUACCAAAAAUUCCAGUAGUGAAAGAUGGUAUAGAGGACUCAGACUCAGAAGUAAGUGAAUUUUUUGAUAGUUUUGAUCAGUUUGAUGAACUGGAACAGACUCUGGAAAGUACUUGUAAACUUAUAAGGGAUCCCAUCCUUGGUAAUCAACCCCAGAAGAGAAAGAUUGCCCUUGAACAAUUGUAUUCUAAAACUAAUAAUAAUAAUUGUAUUCUAAAUCCUCAAAAAUUCAAGUUUGAUCGUCCCACUCUUCCAGCCAACGUAAGGAAGCCAACUCCUCGUAAACCAGAAUCGCCCUAUAACAGCCUCUUUGAUGUUCCAGAUUCCCCUCGGCCAGUGAAAACAGGAGAAGACAAUGGAGGUUUGUUCAGCCCUAUAAGAUCUUCAGCUUUCAGCCCACUGGGGAGCUGUGCUUCAACUGAAUGUCUUUGUCGAAUGGAUAUCAAUGGAGAUGGGCUUAAUCAAAAUCAUGAUACACUUUAUAGUGAAUAUUCAGAUUAUGCAAACAAUGUUUCAUUUGAAAUACUGGGUUCUGUUUUUCAUUCUCACUCUACAUCACUACAGAAACAUGCUGAAAACAUUUCCAGUCCUAAUAAGAUUGUCUCAAAAAAGGAAAAAGCUCAAAUUGUAGAAUUCCCGAGGAAAACUUCUGAAAAAGAGCCAGAUAAGAAAGUUAAAUCUAAAAACAAAUCACUUACGAUUAAAGACAGCAUACAAAAAUUUGCAACAGAACUGGUUGAAAAAAGUUUUGGUAAUGCAUUUAAAGACUUACAAAAAGGAGUUUCUUCAUGCACCAGUGCACUGUGUCACUUGGCUGUUAGAUUGACUUCUUCAGUCUUUCAAAUGGCUUUUUAUGAGAUUGGAAGGCGGCGAGCCUUAUCACUGAAGGAACGUGCAAUUAAUGGGCUAGCAAGCUUUUUGGUCAGUGAAGCUAUAACAAGUGCUUUAAAAGAACUGCGAUAUGUAAAGAAACAAAUAUUUACUAACACAGUUGCAAAAUUUGCAGCAGAUCUCACCGAGGAACUUAUUUUUGAGGGACUCAUGGAAGUUUGCCAGUUUUCACAUCCAUCAACACCAGCGGCUGCACAGGAUUGGGCCUUUGAUUAUGAAGACAAAGUGGUGAGAUCAUAUGCUAAAGAUUUGUCUGAAUCCGUCAUUCAGGAAGCUUUCAUUGAAUUAUCCCAGGUUGAUGUGACCUUCACAACGCAAGCAGCAAUUAGUGUUUCCAUGGACAACAUAAAAUAUGUAAGUGCAGAAAGUACAUUGCAGUCAACACAGACUACCACUGCUUUUCCUAAUUUUCGUGAUAGUGCACUUUUAGCAUUGAAUCCAAUACAAGAAACUGGAAAAGAAUAUACUGUACAACAAGCCUUGUUUUGUACUUCUGGUGUUGUAAGUUCAAUACCAGUGCCCUUAGCUGGAACAGCACUUUGUCAACAUCAGACUGAUGUUUAUAAGGCAAAAGUAUGGACUUGUCCGACAGCAGAUGGCAGUCUGAAAAUGUACAAAGACUCUACACAGCCAUGUUUUACAACAAAAAAGAGAGAAGAGGAAGUGGCUUCUCUUAGAAAUAUUUACCUUACUGCAGAUCACAGUGAAAUUACUGAAAAUAGUGUGCAAUGUUUUUGUAAUCAGAAUGAUUUCAAACAAACAAACAAUAAUCCUGGAGCAAAUAAUAUUUCAGAAUUAACAACUGGACCAACAAGCAUCAACAGUUUCUCUGGAACAAUGGUAGAUAUGAUAGUAAAUGAGGCUUAUGAAGCAAUAACUUCAUCCAGGAUUACCGGAACAGUGGAGGAAUAUACAGAUUUUGUAACUAGAAAAACACCUCGUUGGCAGUGUGUUGGUGGAGAUAUCCCUAAGAAUACGUUUGCUGAUCAUUUGUCCAAGUAUAUUGUAAAACAGUCUGUAGAUGAAACUAAAUCUAUAUUCUCCCACACAAGUGAGACUGUAGAAUGUAAUAGAUGCUUACAGAUGAACACGAAUAACUGUAAAAAAGAACUGAGUAGUGCAGUAAAGAAACAAGAAUCUGAGAAACACAGAUUUGUUCCUAUAAUUGUGGAACCGCAACAGUUGUCUCUGAAUAACCCACCUAAAUUUCUUGUUACUUCAGAUGACUCUGCUCAGUGUUUACUUUCAGUACCUACAGAUUGUGUUCAGGAACAUAAAGGACAUGAAGUACGUAGGUUUUCUUCAAGCACUCCAUCUCCGUGUCCUACUGGGACUCUUGCUAGGUGUAAUGUAGAAGAGUUUACUGAUUCAGGAAGCCGUUCAAUAAAAUCCCAAAGUAAACCAUUGAAAACACAUGAUAUGCAAAAAACAAUGCCAAGUUCUUCAGCUUUUGGGCAGGAGAGCUGUUUUCUACAUGCAAGUAACCUUUCUUUGGUGAUGUUUGGCUGUGAAGAUUCUUUGCAGAUGGAAGAUAAAUCAAGCAUCAGAGAUGGAAAUGUCUGUACAGUACCUUAUACACCACCACCAACUCCUUUAGUACCAUCUCAGACUAGUUCUGAAUGGAACCUAAGGAAGCUAACCAAGAAACUCAAGGGAGAAUUAGCAAAGGAGUUUGCACCUGUGACACCACCUUCUACACCUUAUAACUCAUCUGCUGCUGCCUUAUCUGCAACUGAACAUGAUUUCUUGGAAAAGGAAGAGUUUAUGCUGAAACUCAUGCGAUCACUUUCUGAAGAAGUUGAAAGCAGUGAAGACGGAGAACACUCUGAAAUGCUUGUGGAGAAAACUGAACAUUCAGAGAAAACAGUACGGUAUGCUGAUCAUUUAGCUGGUCAUAUCAUUUCUGUGGCAACUGAAAUGGCUGCUUCCCAUUUAGAUGAUAAAACAAUUAAAAGAGAAGCUGACAGACACUACCAGUUAAAUGCACAAAACAAAAUAUGUGGGUAUACUGCCUUUAUAAAUAUCCCAGAAGAAACUUUACAUUCGUUGUGGAAUUAUGCAGGUGAUAUGGCUGGAAAGGUUAUCAAUGAGGCUAAGAAGAUGAUAAAAUCAAGGCAUUGCAAGCUGCUGAAGUUGAAACGGGUUAACUGUCAUGUAGAUUGUCUUUCUCUCCGAAAAGACGAUAGAGACUGUAAAUCAAAAGAGAGGUGGUGUCCGGUAGUAAACCAGUGGUCCAGAGAGGUAGAUUCAUCCGUACUUUCUUUACCUGGAACAACAGGUUUGACUUCCAGGUAUCCAAGCUGCGAGAGCGUGACCGAUGAAUAUGCAGAUCACAUCAUUCGAGUUCUGAAAAGAGAAGGUGGCAACAGUGAAUUAAUAAUGGAUCAGUAUGCUAGUAGACUUGCUUACAGAUCUAUAAAAUCAGGCCUACAACAAGCUGCCAGGAAAAUCAAACUGACAUACAACAGAACAAUAUUUCCUGUACAGAAAACACAGGUAAAUGGUAGGCAUGAGCUGUUCAAAAUAUUGAACAAAGAUAUGGAUACAAAAUGGCAAAUGAAAAGUAGUGUUCAUAGGUGUGGUGGCCAACCCUGUGAAAUAAACAAUGUACAGAGAACUGAAGGUACAGAGUUGUUACAUUUUUCUGAAUCCCUUGCUCAUCCUAUAACAUGUGAUGUCAGAAGAAAACUGAAAAUGUCAGCAGUUUGCUUGCCAAAAUCCUUAACAGAUUCCUGUCUUUAUAGAAAAUCUAAAUUUGAUGAAGCCACAGGGGACCUCCUUAAAACAACACUUUCUAAAACAGUUCUUCCUUUCUCACAAAAACAUAAACUAUAUCAUAGUACAGGCAGUUUAAAUGAAUAUGGCUACCGAGAAGGCAUCAUUCAAGCUAUAGAAGAGUAUGCCAGAAAAGUAGUGGAUGACACCUUAGAAAUGAGUUUGGAGUCUGCUGUUCUCCAACCUGCUGAAAACAGGAAAAAUGGGGAUAGAUUCACUUACACAGAAAAGUUGUCUCCAUUUUCUGGAACAGCCUGCAGAUACUGUAGUAUGAAGGAAUAUCAGUGUUGUACUGGAAGUUCAUCUCCUCACCUGCCUGGACAAGAGCUCCUCUCUAGAAUCAGGCAGAUCCCCAAUUCAGGGUUGGGUGGUGUCUGUCAAAAAUCAAGAAUUUUUCACCUUGAUAUUCCUAAAAUUCACAUUGACAUGGAACAGAAGACAGUAUUUUCUGAGAAGGUGGUUGGUUCAACUAUUGAGAAAGCAGAGAGAGAGCUGAGUAACACAAGUCUGGCAGCUGAUAGUGGUAUUGGACACGGUGGAGUCAGCUUUGCAGAAAGCCUCACUACAGAAAUAAUGACUUCAGCUAUGACUAAUAUUGGUCAGGCUGUUAACAUAAGUUCUAUGGGAAGAGAAGGAUUUCACUCAGCUGAAUCUGUAGUUAGUCAGCAGAUGAGUCUCAGUAUUGGUGAUGAUAGCACUGGCAGCUGGUCCAAUCUAAGCUUUGAAGAUGAACAUCCUGAUGAGAGCAGCAGUUUUCUUCACCUCAGUGACAGUAAUGGUAACAGCAGUAGCUGGAGCAGUCUUGGUUUAGAAGGAGAUAUGUAUGAGGAGAAUUUAUCCUUUCCAACAUCAGACAGUGAUGGAACAGAAGAUAAGGAUGAAGACGCUAGGGAUUCUGUAGAAGAUGUGGGACAGGUAGGAAAGGCAUUGCUAAUAGUGAAUGUUGACAUGGAACCACAUAUGGUGGACCCCCAGUUGAGAACGACCCUGCAGUGGCUGGCAGCUUCCGAAACAGAGGUCUCCGAGCUUUGUUUUCAUGACACUGCUACGAAGGAAUUCAUUCUUCUUACAAAAAGACUGAGAGAAAGGGACUGGAAAGUGGGAGAUCUCUUGCAAGCAGUGCUGAAAUACUGUGAAAUGAUGGAGAAGACUUCUGAUGGGGAUAGACUUCUGAAUAAACCUUUAUUUGGCUGGCUUCUGGAAAAUGUCUGAAAAAUCCAAAGACCCAAUAUUCUUCCUUUCAUUUCCUCCUUUAGAAAGAGACAUGAAGGACAAAGAUGUAUAGUGUUAAAAUUUAACUGAUGAAUUGUCUAUUAACUGUCAGCAUUUUAAGAGACUGGGGUGAAAGUAAAUAUAGCUGUUCUGUAAGUAUUUUGUGACACUGUACACGGUAUGUUUAUCCAGUGCAUAUCUUCAUAAUUGAUAUUAGAGUAUUGUGUCCAUCCACGCAUAUUUGUAUAUACUGCUGUGUUCAGACUAUAGAAUGUGUAUGAAGAAAGAUCUUGUCCAUGGACAAUAGUUGACAGAUGAUAAAACAGGAUAUAUAGGGAUUCCGACUGAAUUGGUAUAGUUGUUUAUAAUUGGAGGCAUACUGUAUUAAUAGGAUUAUUAAGUUUGAAUUGCUAAAGAAACGUGUUUUAAUUUUACAUGCAACCAUUUUUAUUGCAAAUUCUUUGUUUUGGAGCAUUUUCAUAUGUUGGUAUGGCAUAUCAAUGUGUUAGAAAUAGCAAAUAUUUGUUGGAGAUUUUCCUCUUGGAAUUUUGCCGUCUUUUCAGAAAAAUAGUUCCUUAUCCCUAAUCCUUCACGUAUAAAUGAUUUUUGUGGCACAAACUGAUCUUCUGAAUGAGGAACACUUUAAAAUAGUAAAUUUUCUUAAAAUAUAAAACAAGAAAAGUUUGCAAAUUGGUGGUCAUUUUUCUUAAAUACCUUUUACUAAAAUUCUUGUUUUAAAGGAAGCCAUUCAAUCAAGUCUUUUAACAAAUGGAAUUGUGAGGUUGGUUACUAAUGCUGUCUCCUUGUCCUGUGGUGGAAGGGUUUGUCUGUGUCUUUACAUGCCUUUUGGUUUGUAAGUGCUAGUAGUUCAUCUUCUUUUGUUUUACAGACCCUUUAGGGGAUAAAGUGCUCCCUGAUAAAUAUCAGGAUGCUAUCUCAAAAGUGAUGUCACUGCAAGAGAAUCAUAGGGCCUUAUCUGUUUUGGAACUUAAACAGCCAGCUGACUUCAAAGGACUGUCACUUUUUAAAUCACCAAAUUUAGAACCGGAUCCUGAGAAGUUGAGAACUUACAAUGGAAAUUGCGUAUGCUCAGCAACGCUCAUAAUUUCAUCUUUGGUUACAGAUAAAGGGUCCAUGCAUAGAGCUGGUGAACCCUGGUGAACCCACCAGCACUUUCCUUGCAGUGCCAUUGUGCUUUGAAAAAAUAUGCGAGUGCUCAUCUUUUAGCAAUUACAGUAAUCUGGGUUUAAAAAGACCCCCUGCCCCCCCCAACAUUAGAAUAUGGUUAAGAUACAGGUCUGUCUUCACACCAAACUGAAAGAUUACUUAACUUUUAAUGGUAGUCCUCUUUUGUUGUGUUUGAGAGGUACUUUGUGUGUGUGUGUGUGUGUGUGUGUGUGUGUGUGUGUGUGUGUGUGUGUGUGUGUGUGUGUGUAAUAAAAUUAAUGUAUAUAACCUAGACCACUGACACCAGUUUAAAUUUCCAGUUUCUGAUAUCUGCUCGGGUACUGUUACCAGAUUUCAUGUCACUGUAUCAUCUCAUUAAUUGAAAAAACAAUUGGUGCCUCAUGGCAAAAUUUAAAAAAAAUCUAUUUAGAGAUGAUUUUGUUUCAUAUGGGCAAUUUGGUCUAGUUGAUUUAAGCAUAGCGCAAGGAGACAGUUCUAAUCCUAGCAUUGCUUCUGAUUUGCAGUGUGCCCUUGCCCAAAUUACUUAACUUUUUUGUUUUAUCUCCCCCAAUGUGUAUAAUGCAACUAAUGACAGUUGUUUUUACAGUGCUUUGAAAAUAUGAAUUAAGGUUUGUUGUUUUGUCAUCCUCUCCGAGCUCUACCCCACUCCCUCCCCCAAAAAUAUAUUUUUCAGGGGCUUAUGUUUUCUUGGUAUGUGUGCAUGUGUGUGAUUGGUUGAUUGUCUUUUUUGUUUUCUUGAGAACAUUGGAUCUUUCUGCUUAGUCCUCAUUCGAAACCAAGCUCUGUUUGUGUCCUCUCCUGUUUGGCAGAGCAAUCAAUAGAAUUAUCACAAAUAGAAAAUUGACUAAGUGAUAAGCAACAAGAGCCAAAUGAAUCUUAAAAACAAUUCCAUUGUGCUAAAUUCUUCUCUGAUUUACAGUCUUUGCAAUCCCUUUAGUGAUCUUUCAAGGGUUGAAGGACAGCACAGAAUAUUGGUCCAGGGUUUCCAAGUCCCCAUUAGUAUCCCAAAUUAAAACAGGGAUGAGAAAUACAAAAAAUAAUGUAAAUACGCCACUGUCUGGAAAAAAGAAAAAAAAGAACAAUUUUCCAAAAAUUUCCAUGCAACAUCAACAGAUUAACAAACUUGUAGAAUAUGAUGGGUUUCUAAAAAGUUGGUUAACAGAUUAUCACUUUUUUAUAAGGUUGGUUUUCUACAAAAGGUAGACAGAUGAGCAGGUUCUUUGACACUUUAUAAAGGUUUAAACAGUAGCUAAGCAGGAAAUAGUUCAUUUACGUUAAAAUGUUAGUAUAACUUUUUAAAAGUGAUUCUUGCUUGGAGACUUUGGCCCCAAAUAUAUAUCCACAGUAUAACUGCAUUGACUUAAGUGGUACAUCAGGAAUGAAUUUGACCCAUUAGCUUUUUCUCUAAGUAACAUAUAGCAUAGAUUUCAAAUAUAUGUGUGUAGGUUUUUGAUGGAAAAUACUCAAUUUUUACUUUAAAGUAGAUAAUAUUUUUACAGAUCUUCUUUUAAAAAUAGGAGACAAGUUUACUGAUUUAAUUUUCAUACAAUUGUGUUAUUAAAUAAACAAAACUAUAACAUUUCGUGGGAAUCCUUAUCCUGAACAAAUCUGAUUGACGUAAUCUGUCCUGUUAAUAAGAAAAUUGUCUUCUAUUCUAAAGUGAAUCAAAGGUUAUUCAAUAAACUAGUUUAUUUAAACCAUUCCCUUCAGAGUACAAGUGUAAUGAAAUGAAAAUUCACUGUGAACGAGACAGUGGGCCACAUGAUGAUCUCUCAAACCAGAGCAAAUCUAGGUAUCUCCAGGAUUUAGACUAGAUUAAUAGAGCAGAAUUUAUCCUAUUACGUGUACUGUGUGUAUGUAUUGGCAUACUAAAAUUAGGGAAACUUGUUUUGGUUAUUCUUUAAUUUUAGAUUGAUAGAAAUAUCUGAAAUAGUUACUGUUCCAGAAUGCCAUUUAGUAACCAAAUUAUAAAUUAUAUCUUUGGUAUUUUGAAAAUUGGUAAUAUUUUGAUAUAUUUUGUAAGAUUCUGUAGUUAAAGCAAGUUAAGAAGGGUCCCUCUAUAAAAUAACAGUGAAAAUGAUAAUGUUAAAUCAAAUAUAUUUUCUCUUCAAAUUUGUAAAAUAAGAUGCAAACAAAAGCCUUAAUAUUAGGAUUUUUUAAAGCAUUUCUAACAAGCCCAUAUGGUAAAAUGCCAUCAGCAAGGUCUAGUAUUUCUCUUUCAAAAUUAGAACACAAAAUAACUGAAGCCUAGGCAUUUAUUUAAAAGUCAUAUAAAUAGUACAUCUAUCUUUGGUGCUCUUUGAGCUAAAAAAUCACCAUUCCAGAACCUAGGUGCCUCAAAGAUAUAUCAGAUUUUGAAUGUUACAUUUUUCUAAUGUAACUAUAUAUGGACCUCUUCUGUAAAGAGAUGCUCAGACUUGGGAAGGUGGGAACGCAGUAAGUAGUAAACAUUGUCACCGGCACAAGAGGAGCUAGUAUUUGCAUUCGCUAUUUACAAAGCAUUAUUUGAAAGAAUAAAAUAUUGGUUUCAGAAAUUUGUGUUGUUUUUGAUUUAGUUUAACAAUUUCAGCUUUUUUGAGCAAGAGCCACUGCUAUCAAGCUUAUACUGUACUUGAGCUUUGAAGAGACAAGUACAGUGUCUGACCACUGUAGUCACUUUAUUUUGUACCAUCUUUGUACAUUCCUGUUGUAUAGCUGGAGUUGUAUUUCUAGAGGGUCAUUGUUCUUUGUAAUGUCUGAAUAGUAUUUAACUGUAACUGCUGCUUAUUUGGUUACUUGUGCAUUCUUAUGAUGAUUCACAGCCCAGUUUAGUGACUCAAUUGUAUACCAGAAGCAGUUUGAAUAACUUUAAAUGUUUAUGUAACUAUACUAAAUGCAAUAUGAAGGUCUUGUACUGUUAAAAAAAAAAGUGAUAUCUUUUGCCAUUUUAGUAAUUUGAUGAUGUAUUCAGUUACCAGAUUAUGAACUUCAGGUUGCACUAAAUUUGUCCUUGUUUUUAGCAGUGGCUUCAAAUAAAACAAACACAUCUUAUGUGUUGUAAUGCU